AUGGUUCGAGUCCCAUUCCUUUUCUUUUCGACGACCACAACAUGGUGUUUGCUGAAUCAAUUGGCAAUAAGCGCAGCUUCUUCGAGCGCCUUCAUUUGUUCCGACGACAAUGGUUUGACGCAACAAGUCAAUGACACUGGCUGCGCUUGCUUCAGUGGAGGCUUUGAACUAGAACAAGCUGUUCGUUAUUUUGUUGUGGACGGUUGUUCUGAUUCCAAAAAUUGCAACAAUUGGGUCGUGCAAAAAUAUGGUUGGCCAAUGGGAUCCUGGUGUGUUUCGAAUUUGAAUGAAAUGAGGAGAGUGUUUGAUAUGCGGAGAGUGCUUGAUGUACCGCCUUUCUUCAAUGAUGACAUUUCGUCGUGGGAUGUUUCGAAUGUCAAAGCCAUGGAUUACAUGUUCGAAGGUGCAUCAACAUUUAAUGGAGAUUUGUCAUCAUGGGAUGUUUCGAAAGUCACGAAUAUGCGCGGAAUGUUCAAUGAAGCGUCAUCCUUUAAUCAAGACUUGACAUCAUGGAAUACUUCGUCUGUGACUGACAUGGACGGAAUAUUCCGUGAAGCAUCGUCAUUCAAUGGCGACAUUUCAACAUGGGACGUGUCGAAAGUCACUGAUAUGAGUAAUACGUUCACAGGCGCGUCAUCCUUCAAUCGAGACUUGUCAUCAUGGGAUGUUUCCUCUGUGGUGUCUACACUUGGAAUGUUCAAAGACGCAAAGUCGUUCAAUCAAGAUUUGUCAUCAUGGGACGUGUCUUCUGUUGUUAUCAUGUAUGGCAUGUUCGACGGUGCAUCAUCCUUCAAUGGCGACAUUGCGUCAUGGGAUGUCUCUGGUGUCACCAAUAUGCUAAGAAUGUUUCAGGGUGAUUCAUCGUUCAAUCAAGACUUGGCAUCAUGGGACGUCUCUUCGGUGACAAACAUGCAUGAAAUGUUCCAGAACGCAUUUUCGUUCAAUCAAAACUUGUCAUCAUGGAAUGUUUCGAAAGUCACCAAUAUGAAUUCUAUGUUCAACAACGCAUUUUCGUUCAAUCAAAACUUGUCAUCAUGGAAAGUUUCCAAAGUUCAUGAAAUGGGUCGGAUGUUCAAUGGUGCAAAGUCAUUCAAUGGAGACUUAUCAUCGUGGGAUGUCUCCCAAGUCACAGAGGCGGAGAACAUGUUUGAAGGAGCUGCUGCUUUUGAUAAGUCUGCAGUCUGCAACUGGAGUGAUGCUUGGAAGAAACUAAUUCGCUGCAAGGAAGAAGCCGCAAUUCCAAAGAGUGGAGUUCUUGCCAGAUUUUUAAUGACCGCGGCAAUUCUCGGUUCCUUUGGCGGCCUAGCAGUAUUUCUGCAGUUUACUUGGAAGAAGCAAAGACAACGUCCUGCUCUACGUGAAGUUCAACCGACCAUGACACUGAGACAACAGCAGCAGCGUGAACGCAACGCAAGUAUUCAAGGAUUGACAGAGGAGGAACGAAAUCAAGCCCUUCAUGAGCAAUUUAUUACAAAAUUCAAUUUCCAAACCGUUUUGCCAGACCAAUCGACCAUCGCUGCAAAACAUGUCACAAAAUCGGCGUCCAAACAGGACCAUGAGCUGCCUUUUGCUGCAGACCCUUACGAUGAUGAAGACGCAUUCGAAGUUGAUGGGACGCAAGGUAACAUUUAUCAAGGUCUAUUGCGUUGGAGGAGACCAUCCGUUCAGGAUGAAUGCUGCAUAUGUUUGGAGUGUUAUGCUGCCGGAGAGACGAUCUGUGCCCCAAUUACAACGGGAUGCGACCAUGUAUUUCAUGAAGGAUGCAUAAAUGAAUGGCUGAAGAACAACGCCAAGUGUCCCCUGUGCAGAGUAGAACUACUAAACGACUAG